UUCACAGCCGCCGACAUGAGCGACACCGAAGAACAAACCUACAUCGAAAGGCUACCGACAAUAGAAGACAAGGGGGAGGGAGUUCCAAACUUAGUGUCACUGACAUUGAUGAGGGAAGAGUCCCAAGACAAAAAGAAGAUAGAAGCAUUAAAGGAUUCACGUUCCCCUUCUAAAUCACCAAGUGGGAGUCCACAUGGAUCUGGCAAGUCUGCCAGCCAGUCUCCAGAAAACUCUCCUGAACGUUCCCGUUCCAGAGAUGGAUCAAGGCGCUCAAGGUCCAAAUCUCGAUCUCGCUCGAGAUCCAAAUCAAGGUCUGUUUCCCGGAGGAGUUCUCGCAGGCGUUACUCAAGGUCUCGAUCACGCUCUCGUUCCCGCCGUAGGAGAUCCAGGAGCAGAUCUUACAGCCCUGAUUAUAGACGCCGCCGUAGCCAUAGCCGAUCUCCAAUGUCAAAUCGCAGGCGUCAUAUUGGCAAUCGGGCUAACCCUGACCCCAACACUUGUCUGGGAGUUUUUGGACUAAGUCUGUAUACCACUGAGCGAGAUCUGCGAGAGGUCUUUUCGAGGUAUGGUCCACUUGCAGGGGUUAAUGUCGUGUAUGAUCAACAGUCAAAUCGCUCCAGAGGCUUUUCUUUUGUCUACUUUGAGAACGUCGACGAUGCUAAAGAGGCUAAAGAGCGGGCCAAUGGAAUGGAAUUGGAUGGGCGAAGGAUUCGCGUUGAUUUCUCGAUUACGAAAAGAGCUCACACACCUACCCCUGGAAUCUAUAUGGGAAGGCCAACUUAUAGUUCACGCCGCAGAGACAGUUAUGACCGAUAUGACAGAUAUGAUGAUCGAGAGUAUUACAGCAGAUCUUACAGAAGGCGUUCUCCAUCUCCGUAUUAUAGCAGGGGUGGCUAUCGUUCUCGCUCAAGGUCACGUUCGUACUCUCCGCGUCGCUACUGAAGAUCCAAUACAUCCAAAUUGCAAUCUUGAGGCCAGCUGACCUAUUUGCUGAAGAUUUCUUUUAUAUAAAACGAAUUUUUUUAGUCAUGUUUGUGUAAAGAUUUUUUCUUUCAAAAGUGUUUUGUGAAAAGCUUAAAAUGUUCCAGUUGUAUUGGGUGGUUAUCCAUAAAAUGAUCAUUUUUACACCCUUGGGUUAACCCAAUGUAAAUCUUGUUUUCCCAAUCUUGAGCAGCUUUCAGUGUAGAUAGGAACGCAAUGCAAUGGUAAAUGACCAUGUAGCUGCUAUGGUAUCAUUUAACAAUAUGUAUAUUCUUUGAAGUUUGGUGAUGGGAGCUAAUAUUGGACUUGCAUAAUGACUUAGUGUGCAGGUUCCAUAUCUAUGCUCAUAGUGUUAUUGAUUUCCUAUGUUCUCAUUCAGUCCCAUGAAUUCAGUGAAGGGCUUUCAUUUUUCCUAGUGUGGAGUAAAUUAAAAUCCUAAAAUUGUAGCUGAUAAUAUGGUACUUUAAAGAAUUACACAUUAGUUGUUGAACAAAUUGAAUAAAAUGACAUAUAGAAAAUAGUAUUGUAUUUCUGACUGGAGGAACUUUUAACAAAUUCCACGUGGAAAGGGGUAGUCCAACUUCAGUCGCAAAAACAUUGGAGCAAUGCAGUGCUUAAGCCUGGCCUUACUCUAUCAACUAAUUUGUGAUUAGCUGAAUUUGAUUAACUACUGAUUUUUAUUUUAGUUCCUUUUUAGAUUAAGUUAUUUGAUCUUUCAUGGGACUAUUUUUGUAUCCAAUCAGUAAUACUACUUUGUGUCCAUAAGCCUUCCGGAUUCAUGUUGUGAAGAGGCUGUUCUAUUAAAUGAAGAUUUUGUAUCAGUGCAAAACCUGUGGCACUGAGUAGAAAUGUGUGUGAUGUGCUUUUAAAUAUUGAUGCAAAAUGAACAUUAAACUUCAGCAAAAAAAAUCACCA